UUGGGGAAGAUUUCUGCAAAGACUACAGCAUCAAUAUGAAAUCGAGACAUGACGCUGACAUUGCACUGGCCCUAAGUAACAUUUCUAAAGCACAAGAAAAGCAACAAAGACAUUAUGCUAAAAGAAAGAAUUCUAAAUAUGGGGAAAUAACCUUUGCUGUUGGUGACUCUGUUCUGUUACUGAACGCUAGAAAGAGAACAAGAAAAGGAGCAGUACUGGAAUCUAAGUAUCAGGGACCAUACAAAAUUACGACCAUUGAGGGUAAGAGAGUGAAAUUAGAAACCAUCUCAGGGAAACAGUUAGGAACCAUGUACAGUAUUGCACACUUAAAACCAUUCAAAGAGCCACCAACAUUAGCUGCUGAAAGCACAUCAGAGGGAAAAAUCAGAACUGAAAUUGCAGUUGGUGACACUGAACCAGAAACACCCACAGAAGAAAUUAGAAAAGUGGUUGGUACUGUAUCUCAUGACAGCACAUUAAAAAACAUAGAGGUCACAGCAAUGGAAGAAGAGGAGUAUAUAGGGCAAAAUGUUUCAAAGAAUGAUACAAGUGAUGCGGAUGACAUUUUUGAUGACGUACUUAUGGAGGAGGUGGAAAACAAGCAAUGGAUUCUGAAAGUCAAAUUUGUAAUGACCGACAAACACACAGAGACUGGAGGCCAAAGUGAGAAACAUAAAAUUGUAUGGCUCCUCAUUUCAUUGCCUGAAACCGAGAAGCGGGAUAAGUGA